AUGGGUGUGCUUGGUUUAACAGGAUAUAUACGACACCAAAGAGAAACGUUCCUGCGUGACUACAAUCUUCAGAAUACUAAGUUGAUAAUUGACGGUUCAAAUUUAAUAUACAUACUAUAUAAGUCCUAUGGUAUUCCCUUUAAAUCUGGAGGAGACUAUUAUGAUUUUGCAGCAAAAUGUAAGAAAUUUUUCGAAACAUUGACAAAAAAAUGUCAUGUUGUUCCGAUUGUUAUCUUCGACGGAGCCGAUGAUCCAUCUGAUUUAAAAUUAGAAACUCAUUUAAAACGUCUUGAUCAGCAGUUUGCAAAUGUUCAAAAGAUAAUCCGUGGAAAUACAUUUAUACUACCCCUCUUAGCAGACUUAACCUUUCGAAAUAUUCUUGAUAAGCUUGGAGUAGCACAUGCGUCUUGCUUAUUUGAAGCCGACAGGGAGAUAGCGUUCUUGGCAAAUAAAUUUGAGUGUCCAGUUUUAAGUGCCGACAGCGAUUUCUGUGUGUUUAACCUGAAAGUUGGUUUCAUACAUCCUGAUGAUUUACUGCCUUUACCGAAAAACUGCACGGGCAAUUUGCCUACUAAGAUCUACAAAUGUCAAGAUUUGAUGAAUGUGUUUAACAGAAAUCCCGAUGGUUUGAUUUUACCUGUUUUCGCAACACUGGCCGGGAAUGAUUAUGCUGAAUUUUCAAGUGACGCCUUUAUAAGGCCCAUGAAUGCACCUAUGGCUGAAAUAACAUCACAACAAAACAAGAAAGAAGUCAUGUACAAUUCACGAUAA